AUGUCGUGGGACUUGCUUCAGAGAUUCCUCGAGUCCGACGUCUUCAACUCCAACCCCUUUCUCCCCGUCUCAUACCUCUCCCGCUACGCAAACCACGUGGGGAUUCACUAUGUUCUCUGCCAGAAGCUGCGCCAGUUCCCCUACGAGGAUAUCGAGUUCUUCCUGCCGCAGCUAUGUCACCUUAUAAUCAGCGUCGACAAUGAGUCAAUGGCAUUGGAGGAGUUUUUGUUGGACUUGUGCGAGGAAUCCGUCACAGCAGCGCUGUUGACGUUCUGGCUCUUUCAGACAUAUCUGCACGAUCUGUCGUCGAAUCCGCAGUCCGACUCGUUUCAGACAUGUCGCCGAGUCUACAACAAGGUCCAACACAUUGUGUUUGGACUCGCCGAUACCGCUCGCCAUGAAAAGAUCAGGGAGAACGUCCUGCCCGUCACCGUGCUCUCCAGCUUCGUCCUCGCCAGCGUUGCGCUGCCCAUGAUACCACGCUGGGCUGGUCCCUUGGCCGUCGCACAGGCGCGCAAGCCGCAGCCAAUUACUGAACCCACCACCGAGAGCAAGGAGAACGUCAAGCCAGCGAGAGCCCGUACAGUCACAGCUACGAAUACGCGGUCGCGCCGCGCCAAGGAUGCUGGGCGUACUUUCAGUGCGCCAGACCCCAAGGGAUCGAGGGAAUCUUCGCCAAAGCCUACCCGCACCGCCACUCUGCCACCUCCGGUCAUUAUUCCUCCCGGAAGGUCCAAGACGCCAGUUGGUACGGGGAGGCCAUCUGCUCUCGAGAUGAAGUCGUUGGAGGCCAAACUGAGCACAUCGUCUCUGCCCCUGCCCUCUCCUCGUCCGCCAACGAGGCCAACAACCCCGAUCUCGGCAGGGAAUGUCCCAAGACCAGGUGACGUCGCUCGGAGGCAUUCACAUCACUCAAAGGCUGUUCUCGCCAUGAAUGAGCUAUCGCCAGUACAGAAAACGAGGCUGUUGAGACAAAACUAUUUCAGAUCGCAGACCCAGUUCCUGACUGCUCUCGAGGGCAUUUCAAAUCGAUUAGUGCUGGUUCCUAAACCUGCCCGGAUGAGUGCUCUUCGAGCGGAGCUUGCGCUAAUAUCUCAGGAUCUUCCAGCCGAGGUUGAUAUUCCCGUCAUCUGCCCUCCCACACUUGUGAAUGGAUCUCCUGGCAAGAGCCGUCAUCACCGCAUUGUGCGAGUGAACCCGGCGGAGGCGACGGUGCUCAAUAGUGCGGAAAAGGUGCCAUACUUGAUCAUGGUCGAAGUUCUCAGGGAUGACUUUUCCUUUGACCCCGAUGCCCCUGAGAACCAGCGUCUCCUGAACAGUUUAAUAGGCGGUAGCGCCAGGACGAACCGUAUUUUCGACUUGUCUGACUCUCCCCGCCUUUCGCCCACGGUGAAAAGCCCCGAGCCUGUUGUGGAUAGUGUCUUUGAGCCCGCCUCUGGUGACUUGGGAAGCUCGCCAUUGCUCAGGGGAAUGGAUGAGUCCCCAGUCAGAUUCCCUGUGAGACCAGCGCCGCACCACGCUGCUCAGCGUCUUCCCAGUGGAGCGACAACCUCGUCUUCGACCCUGGACGUGACGACUCCCCGAACCUCUGGCACGGGGACAUCGAGGUCGAAUAGCCCUGGGCCUGGCGCGCGAAGGAUGACUCUGCCUAUCCAACGGAAUGCGCCAGCUGAUCAGCCAGACUUUUCAGCACUGGCAACUCAUAUGCGAACAGCCUCCCAGAUGCUUGCUCAACUUGAAGCUACUAGUGGAAAGCGUCCAAAACAAGAGGUAGCGGCGAUCCGAGCCAAGAUCAUUGCCAGCAUGCAGAGCCUGGAGGAACAGAGCUUCGACGUGGAUGAACAUGGCCCAACCUUUGACACCAUCAUUGCCAGGACCAGCACAAUGCCUAUGUCUUCAAGCAAUCCGGAUCUUGAGGAUGACGUGCAGAUCGACCCAAAUCUCAACGCCAGUGCAGGCCGAGAACGCAUGGAGAAUGACAUAAAGACGGGCGGUGUUCAGCGUCGAGGCGAUCGCGAUGACCCUAGUGCGGCUGUCUUUGGCGAGGCUUGGGAGGCCAAGAAGGAGCGGAUUCGCAAGUCGUCUCCGUACGGCUGGAUGAAGAACUGGGACCUGGUCAGUGUGAUUGUCAAGACUGGAGCAGAUCUCCGACAGGAGGCGUUUGCGUGUCAGCUCAUCGAUGUGUGCCACAAGACAUGGGUUGAUGCUGGCAUCGAUGUCUGGGUCAAGCGGAUGAGAAUCUUGGUGACAGGAGAGUCUUCGGGACUGGUCGAGACCAUCACCAGCGGUGUGUCUCUUCACUCGCUGAAGCGAAGUCUCACGCUCGCUUCAAUCGAGGCUGGUCAGAACCCCCGGCAUCGUAUUGCUACACUGAGGGAUCACUUCCUCAAGGCGUUUGGCAAGCCUGAUAGCAAGCCGUUUAAGGCCGGAGUUGAUGCCUUCAAGAAGUCCCUGGCGGCAUACAGCAUCAUUUCGUACGUCCUGCAGCUCAAGGAUCGGCACAACGGCAACGUCUUGGUGGAUUCCGAGGGCCACGUGGUUCACAUCGACUUUGGCUUCAUGUUGUCCAACUCGCCUGGCUCAGUCGGAUUUGAGGCGGCUCCUUUUAAGCUCACUCACGAGUAUGUUGACGUAUUGGGUGGACUGGGUUCACCCGAUUAUGAGGAUUACAAGAAACUCUGCAAGCAAGCUUUCCAAGGCAACUCUGCGUCGUUCGGCAGACAACAUCAUCGACUUGGUUGCAAUGAUGGGUCACGACUCCAAGAUGCCUUGCUUCGCAAGCAAUUUGUUGAGACGGAUCUGAUUGCCAAGUCGUUUGGUAGCUACUACACGCGACUCUAUGACACUUUCCAAUAUCGUACCCAGGGUAUAUACUAA